GCGAUAUACUGCUGCACUCAUUUCAAUGUUUUGGGUUUGUGCUUUAUGCAAGUUGCACCGGUGCAGAGACAGCAAGUAUUCUGCCCUGUUCUGUGCUUCUCGCUUGAACCCCAUCGACCAUCGUCGCCUCACUCUCUGAGAAGUGUCUAAAUAUUGAGACCUCACAGCUGCUCAUCUGUCAACAUCACAGCAUAACGGAGGAGAUAUAAAGCCCAUAAUGUUCAAUCCACACAUGAUCCAGCAGCAGCAACAACAACAACAGCAGCAGCAGCAACAGUUUCACCAACACCUGCGGCAGCUACAGCAACUUUUCCAGCAGCAGCCCCCGCCCCCACCUCCGCCGCAGCCGCCGCCUCCGGGGCAUCAUGUCGCCCAUCAUCACCAUCAGACGCCCCGGGCUAUGCCAGUUGCUCCCCAGAAUGCCCAAUCUCAAAGGAUGGUCAACCUAUGCCAGACCACCCAGACCACCAUCAUCGCCCCGAAUCCCAUGCUGCAGGGUGCCCUGCUGAUGCAGCAGAUGCAGGGUAAAAUGCGCGGCUUCGGGAUGGGUGGGCAGCAGUUCCGUCAGUUCUUCGCAGCUGGGGCUCGGUCCUCUCUGCUCGGUCCGGUUCCAAUGGGCAUGGCCAUCAAGACCCCCAUGAUGGGCUUCCCAGGCGCUCGGAUGUUCCAUCCGCAUGCCCGCUACCACAAUAACACCACAACAGCCUCCUCCUCAUCUUCGUCCUCCUCCUCCUUCUCCUCCACCACAGCCACAGACACAGCUCGCCAGCCAGACAGAAAGAGAGACAGUGAGCAGAUGGCAAUAUGCAGCUCAGAGGACCAACCAGCGACGAGCAGCACCAACGACACCAGUGAGAAGACCGAAACAGAUGGUGCAGUGGGAGGAGCAGAUGGAUCCACUCAGCCAUCUGAGGAGCAACUUGAAGAGCCUGCAGUGAAGAAGCAGAGGACAGAAGGGUCAGAGGAGCCUAAAGGACAAUGUGUGGUUGAAACUGUUACCAUUCCUGAUACAGACGGGGAUGUUCUGUCUUCAGAGUGUAACAGCAACACAGACGACAGCCAGCCUGGAGACUGCAUCCUUCUGGAGGAAGGAGGCUCCAUAGGAGGAUCAGAUAUUAUUGAUGGGUUGGAGGAGAGCAGAGCUGCUGAGAAGCAUAUCUCUGUCCUGGCUCAGGUGGCCAGCUGUUUGUCAGCACCACCCCCUUCUGUGAGGCUGUGCGAAGACGACCAGCAGGUGGAUCUACCCGCGGAGGGGGGCAAAGAUGCUCCUUCGGCUUCACCGGACAACCAAGAAGAAGGAGAGGAAGGUGUCGCGGACGGGGCCAACAAGUUCUACUGCUACCUCUGCGGCAUUACCUGCCACAACCAGCAAAACUUCAGGAGUCACAUGAACAGUAUGUCCCACCAGCAGAGGAUGAUGGAGAUCCAGCAUAUGAGCAAUGCUUGCCUGGUCACCCUGUUGCCACGCGUGCACGAGUCUCUACAGGGAGCAAUCAAAGAUGGAGAGAAGAAAGCGGACAAGAAGCACUGGUGUGCCACCUGUCACAUCCACUUCACCAGUAGUAUCACAGACCACCGUCGCACCAAGGAGCACAAACUGGCUUGCAGAGCAGCCGUCUCCUCCUGCACGGUCUGCAAGAAACACUUCAGGACCUCCCAGAUCUUUGUGGAGCACUUGCAGUCCCAGGAGCACCGACAGAAAGUGGAGAAGCUGGAGGAGCAGGAGGGUUGUGAGGCAUUGGGCAACUUGACCGCAAAGGACACAGACGGCUUCGUUUUAGACGAGGUGGAAGGCAGUGAGGUGGAGGAGGGAGAGGAAGCACAGAGGGAUGAAGGAGACCAAGACGGCUCUGAGCAACAGGAUGGCUGGUCCUCCCUGAAAGAAGUGACUCUGAAGAAGAUGUCCAGGGAUGAGCAGUAUGACCCUGAGACAGUCUACGGGUCCAGUUUCUUUGUCCCAGUCGCAGGUUUCAUCUGCAGACUGUGCAACAAGUUUUACAACUUUGAGUCAUCUGCUCUGCACAGCCACUGCAAAUCACUGACGCACUUUGAGAACCUCAAGAGACACAAAGAAUAUCUGAGCGAUAAGUGUGAAGCUACUGAAUCUUCCAUAGAAUCUCUCCUUGCUGCAGACAGCCUAAUGCCAGAAGCAGAGAGCACCACGCACUGUUUGGAUGAAGAUUCCCUUUUGGAGGACUCUGGUUCAUUGACAGAUUUAGACUCAAAUCAGCCUACUGUUAAACUCACAGAGGAGCCGAAAAUCCAGCAACAUGAGGAGCGAGUGAGUCGCAGCCCCACCUCCCAAGACGUCAUCCCCACCUCACAAGACGUCAUCCCCACCUCCCAAGACGUCAUCCCCACCUCCCAAGACGUCAUCCCCACCUCCCAAGACGUCAUCCCCGCCUCACAAGAGGUCAUCCCCACCUCCCAAGACGUCAUCCCCACCUCCCAAGACAUCAUCCCCACCUCCCAAGACGUCAUCCCCACCUCCCAAGACGUCAUCCCCGCCUCCCAAGACGUCAUCCCCGCCUCCCAAGACGUCAUCCCCGCCUCCCAAGACGUCAUCCCCGCCUCACAAGACGCCAUCCCCACCUCCCAAGACGUCAUCCCCACCUCACAAGACGCCAUCCCCACCUCAGUGACCAGCACAGGCAGCACAGACCAAGAACUCAGCCUUCCCUGCGAGGAGGAAGAGGCAGCUUCACAGCAGGACUCUGUAGCUCAAGGGAGUUCAGCAGAGUGUAAAGAGGAGGCAGAUGUAGAAUCAGCCCCUGCUGCCGCUGAUGAAGAGGUGGAGGAGAUGGGAGCCGCUGCUGCUGCUGACACAGGCAAAAAGACCGGCACAAGGAAGGCAAAAAACAAACGCAAGUCAGGGAGGGCAAACAGACGCUGAGAGCUGUAGAAAAGGAGGGAACCAGGUACAGUAAAACACCUUUGGUCAGGAUGUGUCCGUCUGUGAAGAGGUGCUUUCAUUAAGUAGAGACCAAGAACCCUAACAGUACUGCCUCUUUCCGUGUCUGGGAGUCUAGACUGAACACACACAAAUAAAUCAGGAGUUUGAUGCUAAAUCAUAGUGGAACAUGGGUUCUUGUGAGAGUACCUCUCUCAGGGUGGGUAGAUGACACCUCACAGCUUUCACAUACAGAAAAAAUCAAUGAACGUAGAGAAGUAACACUGAUUCCUUGCUAGAGAAUGACAUUCCAAGCUACAGCAUCACCUUUAGAUCCCACCAUCAAGAUGCCCUUUCUUUACUUAUGUUGCCUGAAAUGGAAUUAAAGCCCCUUGUAUUAGUUGCCUAGAAGUUUAAACCCUUAAAUGAACACACAAGGUAUUCCCUGGUUACCCGACUUCAAAAAAUAUAGUCCAAGCAGGACCUGACUGCAGAGAGUAAUUCAGAUUAAUAAAUGAGAGAGCUGCAAAACAUGGAAUUAAAAAGUGGAUACAAGCAAGAUGCUCCCCAGAGGAUAAACCCCUCAAAUGUUAGACCUGCCCUCCAGCACCACCAAUGAGGUUGAAAAUAGGAUUCCAUUAAAUUGCUGAUGAAAAAUGUUUCACAGUCAUGUCCCCCUCAGGAUAUAUUCCCUCUAAUUUCCAUGUGGCACCAUCACAAAAUUAAUUAUGACCCUGCUAGCUUCAGCUUCACUUUGUUUAACGCCUACUUGCCAAUAACAAAGGUGAUGUUUCUGCAUACAGCUGCAGACUCUGUAGGGUGGAUGAAACUUGAUUUUGGUAACACGUGUGCCGGCUCAGCAUACUCAGUAUUUUAUUGAAUUUUAUUUUAUGGAAUUUCCAAAAAGUUGCUUAUCACUCCCAGAGGCACAUAUUCUCAUCAGACGAGAGCCGAUGUUAUGAGUUCUGUGUUUGGUAAACAUUGUGGAGGAAUAAACCCGUGACAUCAUCAGGGUGAUAUAAGGACAAAGCCCGGUGCAUAGCCUCACAAAGCUGCUACCAAAUGCAAACAUGGUGCGACACCACACAUAAACCUACUGACGGAUUCAAAACAUAGAAGCUGUAUGCAAAUUUGAUUCAUGGAGUAUUUUAUAAGAGCUGAGCAUUAUUUAAGCAUGAGGGACUAAGAGGAAUUAUGACGUUUUUUGUGUGUUUUUUUUUUUAAGGUCAGCCCUCAUCAUAGUGAAUGUAAUUUCUUCUCAUCCCUAAAAAGUGUCCAGUGAAUCCUCCCACCACUGCUCUCUAAGGCCUGUUAAUGAUCUUAAAUUCCCACCUCACAGGAGGUGAAGAUCGCUCCCUUCAUAUAAUCGAUGGCGGAGACGUUUUUGACAUUUCUAACCAUGUAGCAAAUGCUUCUAGCGACCUGAAAUGUAGAAUUUAACCACAUUUAGUGUUUGAGCAGGUGGAAACUUCUGUUUUAAAAAGUGUUAAAGUGGUACUUGAGUGGCUUGCGUGUUGAGAAAUGCUGACUCAUUAUACUGAUCUGAGCUUUGUUCAGGGCAUUUUAUCAUAACAUCAUUUUUGUUUGCAUUAUUAUGAUUUUUUGGACAUUCUGGGUUGACGUUGAUAUCUUGUUCAGGGUGAAGCGAUCUCUGGCCUUCUCACUGAAACAGACCUGCACAUUUUCAAUCGCCCACUACUGGCAAUAAUUUGAUGAAGAAGUGAUGACACAGAUGUGAAGAGAUGUAAAGUAGUUGGCUACACGUGAAACAAAGGAAUAAAUGAACACUUUGUAUAUCUACAAAACAAAGUCAUAUGAAAAGAACGCUUCAGAGGAACUCUGAAGCUAGCUCCAUCAAUAAGGUGUUUCUGCUAACCAGACUGAAGUCCAGUCUUCUAGCAGUCUCUAUAUUUACAAACGGCUGCACUCUUAUCAGCAUUUUCUCUUAGUUUUAAACUUUAAACUUUGUCAGUGAAGGAAUGUUUAUGCUGCUUGAAGAUUAAAGAACUGGAAAGUUGUUUCCUGAAUUCCUCUGAGGACCCAAAAGUCUGAUUUUUAACUCUGAACCUGUUAAAAUUAUGCCUGCAUUUAGGGGGAAAGGGUCCAUGAACUUUCAGUGCUGUUAUAGUCAUUAGCUGCUCCUUUCCUUUUAAUUAAUGGAUGGCUGGAUGGAUAAAAUCACAGCUGGAGUAAUAAAAGGAGGAUGAAUUUAAUGUUGCAAAUUAUCUUUGUGAAUCUGAUUUUAAGCACCAGUUACUUCAAGCAGAUAUCCCAGUUUUAAAUAAUGACAAGUGUUAAACUCUCGGUCCUCAUUUCAUUUGUCACAAGGCGUACGUUUUCAUGACUAGUCUUCUGCUCUGGAAACAUUUCAUCCUCUGUUUUUGGGGAAGGAUAUUUUAAACCCACAUGGCUGGUUUGGUGACACAUGUAGCAGCUCUUGUAGUCAUGAUGGAGAUUGUCACAUGAUCGACGCCAUGUUCUGUCUGAAGGAAAAAGACAUGAUGGAAAAAAAAAAAAAAGUACCUUUGAGAUCUGAAACAGCAGGAAGCGGAGGAAGAGGAAAUGAGGUGUAAAAUAUAAUUUCAAACAAAGCUGUAUGUUUCUUAUCGUAUUUUUAUUCAGCUACUGACAAAAUUGAGAAGAACAAACAGUGAUGUUUUCUAACUGCUGGAAGUUUAAUGUAUUUUUGGAUGUUUGUUUUCUGUUUGAGGGUCAUUUUAAUUUAUAUUAAAAUGUCUGGUAAUUCCCA